AUGCUGAUUGAAGGCCCACAGACGGACACGACUGUGAACGCGACACCGACAACAACCUACGUCUUCGCUGCGCCCAGCCUCAGCGUGGUCAACGAAGACGGCAACCUUUGGUCGUAUCAGGGAGGUUGCGAAAAGGACCAGGAGAGCGGCUGUGGUGGAAUCGGGUUCACUUCUGAUACGACUUGGGAACCACUUCUUGUCGCUCUGAACUCAGCAGGCCAACUUCAGACGGUCCAGCAAGGCGAGGUGACGGACACUUAUGUCACUGAGGUCAAUUCCAAUGUGCAAAACGUCGACAAUCCGUACGAAGUCCUGUACAGCAGUGGGAUCAAUGACGACUACCAGCCCCUCACCUGCAGUGUCAGCCAGGCAGCCGACGGGACCUGCCCUCUGACUUGUCAAGUGAGAAAUGGGGAUGUGAAUCAAGGAUCAACUGAUCAGACAACGCCCUGGUAUCUCGGUCCCCCAGGAGCAGUCAGUGCAAAUACAUACAAGACUUACGCGGUGACAAGAGGGAACUCCUGCCAGAGAGGAACAGGAAGGAAGUUUAGGGGACGAAUAUGA